UCACAGUCUGUGCACAGGGGGAUACGAUGAUAUUUAGGUGUAGGCGUCUGUUCCCGUGCGCGUUAUCCGUAGAAGCUGAAAACAGGAAAUUGUUUUGAUUUCUCGGCAUUACUUUUCGUUGUUGGAGGCAUGCACUGUAAAAACUGACGUUGUUUAUCUUGUUCUAUAUUGAAUCGGACUGAAUCAUUGUAUGUACCAGGUAUCAAAGCAGACCUAAAGCAUGCCUGGAGAUCCUCCAAAAGUUACUGGGCUUUCUCCAGUAGAAGGUCCUCCAGGAACCAAAGUGACCAUUCGCGGAGAAAACCUUGGGUUAAGCCAAAGUGACAUCGUUAGCCUCACAAUAUGUGGUGCGGACUGUUCAAUUUAUGCUGAGUGGAAGUCUUCGAGCAAGAUUGUGGCACGAACUAGAGCUUGUACAGGCCGCGGGGAAGUCAUCGUCACCACUAAAUCUGGUGGUCGAGGAACCUGUACUGUCCAGUUCAAGGGAAUCUUGGAAGUCAUAGGCCCUACUGUUGAAUCUGCAACAUGGGUCGAUGAAUCGUCCCUUUUCACGGAUAGCCUAGGCCGCAAGCAUCCCACCUCCCCAUCGCAGCUGCAACCUGAUGAUCCCUUGGGGAUAUCAGAUGAAUCUGCAAAGAAGCUUCCCGAAGAUGAGCUACGUAAACUCUUCCCGGAUGGUUCUGGCAACCUACUCUCAGAUACCUUCAAUCCUACUUGGUAUCUCUUGGAAAACUACAAUGGAACAAGCUUCAAUGACUUGAAAGCCGGCCUUCUAAGCCUUCGCCGUAAGGUGGGACAACAGCAGGAGGGACCAUCUUCCUUUCUGAAGUCCCACGUUAAUGCUAUUGUGAUCUGUUUGGAUGUGUUACAAGAACUCCAGAAGACAAUGGAGAAAGAUAAGCAAGAAAUGGGUGCAGAUCUGACGGAGAAGCUGUAUAAUUCAGUUGUCAAAUCCAAAAGUGAAGCGGAAAAUAUUUUUGAGUCUAUUUUGGCACGUAAAGACCAGGCAGACUCAACUAGGAAUGCACUUGGUAUUCUGCAAAAGUUCCGUUUUCUUUUCAACCUUCCAAUGAUGAUUGAAAGGAACAUCCAGAAGGGUGACUACGACGUGGUCAUCAAUGACUAUGCUCGAGCGAAAUCUGUAUUUGAAAAUACAGAAGUAGCUGUUUUCCAAAGAGUUUAUCAGGAUGUGGAACAGAAAGUACAAAGGUUUCGGAACACACUUAUGGAUAGCCUGAAGCAGCUUCCUACACCUGUUGAAGAUCAGAAACGUAUUAUCAAGUAUCUAGUGUCUUUGGGUGCUCCUGGAAGCCCAGCUUGGGAUGCCAUAUGCCAGAACUACAAUUGGCUGGUGGAUUCCAUGGACACUUGCAAGCGAAGCCAUAUUGCUGCGUUGUCACAAGGUGAAAAUGAGGACAAACAACAGUCAUCUGAUGAAAGUACACAUCAGGUGAAGCUACCACAGCAAGUGCAGUUUGUAGAGGAAGUGACUGGGCUGUUCCAGAAGCAUUUUCCGGACCUCUCGGAUUUGGGUCAGGCAUACUUUGCUGAAGGACUCUUUGUCCCACCGAAUGACACAAUAACAGCCCGCAGUGAUGAAGAAAAGGCCUUCAAGGAGAUGGUUGUCCACAUUGUUGCAAAGCUGUGCUGGGAAGUUCGAGUGGCAUUAUUACCAUCAUCGCACCACUCCCUAGCCAAUCAGGUGGUGACGUCGGCAGCGUGGCCAGGUCAAAAGUCCAGUGAGGGUCUUGGACCUUGGCUUCCACAGUGCUUGCGCUACAUUAGGCAGUGUUUCUCAUCUCUGCUGAAGUUGGAUAUUCCUGAGGAAACCAUACCCCAAGUUCAGCAGCUUAUUUUCGACCUUAGGGUUCAUUCCAUGAUGUGCCUUUUCAAUCAGGCUGCUGAAGAUGUUCGCAAUUUGCUCAAGUCGGAAUUCUGGCGCCUAGAGAAGGAUGACCACUCUGGGGGAACAACACAGCUUCCAUUGAUGUUUGAAAAUCGUGUGAUUGAAGCGUUGCAGUUAGUGCGGCAGAAUGUGCUCCAAUCUGGGCCAAGAGAGACUGAGGUAUUCCAGCAGCUGAAUGUGCAGGGUACAAUCAAGCAACAGGUGCAAGCAUUGCUGCAGGCAUUUGUGGAGACAUUGGAAAAGUGUGCUUUGAGUCCAGAUCGACUCUCACCCAUUAUUGACUCUGCUGUUGGCACGGAGGUCAUCUCAGCUGCCCAGAAAGCCAAGAACUGGAAGCGGAAACGCGAAGAUUCAUUAUCAACGCCGCCCCUGGAACAGAGGUUACUAAUUGUCUUGAGCAACAUCACUUUCACGUCUCGAGUGGUAAUCCCAAGGCUCCAAGAAAGCUUUGAACGACAUGGUUACCCCGACAUGUCUUCGGUUACAAAGACGAUAUUGAAUUCUCUAGCGAACCUUGAUCGCAAGCUGUUCCAAAAGCUUCUUGAUGCAAAGUGUGAUCCAAUUGUGGGCGGAAUUGAACCAAACCUUUAUGCUGGAGCUUUUGACUGGAAGAAUUGUCCUGUUCCUGUUGGGGUGAGCCCAUACAUAAGAGAAGUUCUCAUGAGCAUGGCUGAAGUUCAUGCUGAGGUGUUCUCAACAUCACCAUCAUUGGUGGCACGUAUUAUGACACCCCUUGUGCAAGGCAUUGUGGAAGAGAUUGCACGUGUUUACGAAUGCGUUGACAAGUUUACGAAGUACGGCAACAUGCAGGCUACCUUGGAUUUGAGGGCUCUUGAAGAGGCUGUAGAUCUCUACAGGACGCAUACUGCUGGAAAGUAUUUCUCUGUGUGUCGAAGCAAGCUGGACCCAUUUGCUACAGCGAAAGACAAAGAAUUAGUCGACGAACUGCUCAAGAAGUUCCAGAGCCAGAUGAGGUUGCAGCUGCUUUGUUUUAAGGAGAAUGUUGUGUGUGUAUAAAGUCUGGUGAUGUUGGCUACCAAGUAGCUUAGCUUAAGUUAUGAACCUCACAGUGAUUGAUUUGUUCAAACUGUUUGAGAACAGGAAAAUGACAAAUAAAGAAUAUUUUACAAUAUGUACGAAAGACAAA